AUGGCGACACCGUCACAAAAGCCCUUGUGGGAGCAUCGGGCUCCCGAGUUCAGCCAGGUGGACGUAUUCCGACGACAGAUGAGUUUGAAGUACGGGUUGAAUCUGAAGACGUACGAUGACCUUCAUCGGUGGUCUGUCGACGAGCUCGAAACCUUUUCGGCGGAGGUCUGGAAAUACUGCGGCAUCGUGUACAGCGAACCACCUACAUCGACCGCCAUCGGUCUCGAAUCCAUGUGGCCACGACCUCAAUGGUUUCCUGGUGCUCGGCUGAACUACGCCGAGAACAUGCUCGCCACGGGUCUCGCCGUGCACCCUGACGCCAUCGCCGUGUCGGCGUGUCGCGAGGGUGGCACUGAAUGGAGGCAUCUCUCGUGGGUGCAAUUGAGGGCCGAAGUGGAGAGAUACGUCAGUGCAUUCAGACAUGCGGGCAUUCGCAAAGGUGAUCGUGUAGCAGCCGUCAUGACGAAUUCGCCAGAAGUCCUACUCGUUCUUUUGGCAUCGGCCGCCGUGGGGGCCAUAUUUUCGUCCACGGCUCCUGAUAUGGGUCAGAAGGGGAUCACGGAGAGGUAUCUCCAGAUCAAGCCGAAGUUAGUCUUUGUGGACUCUGAAGUGCUCUACGGUGGUCGUAACCAGGAUCUCCGUGGGAAAGUCAGCUCUGUGGUUCGAAGCCUACAAUCCGCAGGUGGCGAUUUGAAAAAGGUUGUUGUGACAAAGGGUCGACUGUGGCAGGGCAAAGAUUUAGUAUCCCUGGAUACGUUCCUACAAGCACCACGAAGAGAAUUGGUUUAUGAGCAAGUCGAAUUCGAUUAUCCCGUUUACAUUUUGUAUUCAUCUGGAACCACGGGUCCACCAAAAUGUAUAUGUCAUGCGGGUGGUGCUGCUCUUCUACAGCAGAAAAAAGACCUGAUGCUCAUCAAAGACAUGGGCCCAAAUUCGGUAUACUAUCAAUAUACUACUACCGGCUGGAUGAUGUGGAAUUACCUAGUGGCCGGACUCAGCACUGGUGCUCGAAUAGUCAUGUACGAUGGAAGUCCUUCACAUCCAAGUCCCGAAUACCAAGUACAACUGUUAUCAGAGCAAGGGGUGACUGAAUGGGGUACGAGUCCAAAAUUCCUCGCAGCACUCAAACAACACGGUUUGGGUACCAUGCCCAAUCUCGACAACCUCUAUCUCACAUUAGUCACUGGGUCACCACUCUCGGUUGAAUUGUCGGAAUGGUUUUAUCAGAAAUUUCCAAGGCAUGUUGCAACCUUUAGCAGUUCAGGCGGUACAGAUCUCGUGAGCGCUAUUGUGAAUGGUUCAAUGAUGAGACCUUUCUACGCCGGAGAAUUGGCGACGAAAUGUCUAGGAAUGGCCGUGGAAGUUUGGGACCUUGACGGCAAAAACAUCGAAGAUACCGGGGAAAAGGGAGAUCUCGUAAUCACGAAACCGUUUUUCAGCAUGCCCGUCACAUUUUGGGGCGAGGAUGGCAUGGAGAAAUAUCGAAAAGCAUACUUUGACCAGUUUCCCGGCGUGUGGUGCCAUGGUGAUUUUAUCAGCAAGAAUCCCAGUACUCAGGGUUUCAUCAUUCAUGGUAGAAGUGAUGGAGUAUUGAAUCCGGGAGGUAUCCGAUUUGGCACAGCCGAACUGUACGGCAUAGUGGACAAAUUCGAUGAGGUGCUCGAUUGCAUAGCCGUAGGUCAAAGACGGGACCACGACACGGACGAAAGGGUCUUGUUGUUUCUCAAACUCGCCACUCAGAAACCUCUGACGAAGGACCUCGAGAACCGAAUCAAGACGGCCAUCAAGACCGAACUAAGCGCCAGACACGUGCCGUCGUAUACCCUCCAGGUCGCCGACAUCCCCUACACGGCCAACGGGAAAAAGAUCGAAAACGUGGUCAAGGACAUUGUGUCUGGACGUGUCCCCAAGAUAGGAGGCACGGCCGUCAACCCGGAAUGUUUGGAAGAGUACAAGAGAUUUGUAGACUUGGACUCGAUGUCUUCUGGUUCUGGUCCCGUCAGGGCAAAGCUGUAAGUAGUGAUCUUGGUACAGUAUGUGCUUAAAAGGCAAGGCGGAUAUGUGCAAAAAAGAUAUACCUAGGUAGGGACAAGAGAGUCUCGAUCCAAGGUUUUGGCCCGGAUACCAU